AGACUUUUGUCAAAUCUCUUCGUCUUUCUUUCUGCCUAGCAAAUAGCAUCGCUUACGAGAGAUAGGCGACGAAAAAUUUAAACAGAUUCGACCUCGCUCGCUGUCUUCUUCUCUCUCCAUAGCCAAAUAUUACGGGUCGCUUAGGGUUUUUCCUCCGGCAGAUCCGAUUGUUUCCCGAGAAAAUUCCAGAUCACAGAUCUCUACCGUCGUUUAUCUUCGGAAUCUCCAUUUGAUUCGAAGGAAGUGAAACAAGUUCCAGGUGUAAUCGCCCGCUUUCAUGUUCUUCGUUGAAUCGUAAUUCCCUCCUCAUUAGUUGUUCUACAGAUCUCCCAAGUUGGCUCCUCAAAGAAGAUCACAGCGCCUCAUGGGCGGCCAGAUGCAGCAGACUAAUGCUGCGGCUGCGACGGCGCUGUACGAUGGGGCUCUGCACAAUGCAGGACCAACGAAUGAGGCAGGUGAUGCCGUCAUGGCACGGUGGCUCCAGUCUGCUGGUUUGCAGCAUCUGGCGUCUCCAGUUGCUUCCACAGGCGUUGAUCAGCGUCAUCUCCCUAACCUUCUCAUGCAGGGUUAUGGAGCACAAACUGCUGAAGAGAAGCAAAGACUUUUCAAAUUAAUGAGAAAUCUUAAUUUGAAUGGGGAAUCGGCUUCUGAGCCGUAUACACCCACCGGUCAAACAUCAGCAGCUUUACCCUCUUCGGAUGGAUUUUAUUCACCCGAGUUCAGAGGUGACUUUGGAGCUGGGUUACUGGAUCUUCACGCAAUGGAUGACACGGAGCUGCUAUCAGAGCAUGUGAUUUCUGAACCCUUUGAGCCAUCACCUUUCAUGCCCAGUGUCAAUCAAGCAUUUGAAGAAGACUUCAAUGUGCCGGCCAACCGGCAACAGCGACAAGAGCAGGAUGCUGCUGAACCUUCGAGCCCAUUUCUCCGGAGUGAAAAAGAAAGUAGUGGAAGAGAGAACAGUGUUGCCAAAAUUAAAGUAGUGGUGAGGAAGAGACCCCUAAAUAAAAAGGAAACUGCCAGAAAGGAGGACGAUAUCGUGACCGUAUCUGAUAAUUCUUUGACUGUUCAUGAGACCAAGUUGAAGGUGGAUUUGACUGCUUAUGUGGAAAAGCAUGAGUUUUGCUUUGAUGCUGUUCUGGGUGAGCAUGUUUCAAAUGACGAGGUGUAUCGGGUCACGAUAGAGCCAAUUAUUCCCACCAUUUUCCAGAGAACCAAAGCCACCUGUUUUGCAUAUGGUCAAACAGGUAGCGGUAAGACAUUUACCAUGAAACCAUUGCCUAUACGGGCUGUUCAAGAUCUAUUGAGGAGGUUGAAUCAACCAGUAUAUCGUGAUCAGAAGCUCAAGUUGUGGCUCAGUUAUUUUGAGAUUUAUGGUGGAAAGCUGUACGAUCUUCUCUCCGAGAGAAAGAAGCUUUGUAUGCGAGAAGAUGGUAGACAACAAGUUUGCAUUGUUGGCCUGCAAGAAUACGAAGUCUCGGAUGUUCAGAUUGUAAAGGAUUUUAUCGAUAAAGGGAGUGCUUCAAGAAGCACAGGAUCAACUGGCGCCAAUGAGGAAUCUUCUAGAUCACAUGCUAUUUUGCAGCUUGUUAUCAAGAAGCAUGUGGAGGUAAAAGAAACAAGACGAAAUAAUAAUGAUAGUAACGAACCAAAAGGGAAAGUUGUGGGAAAGAUUUCUUUCAUCGAUCUUGCUGGCAGUGAAAGAGGUGCAGACACCACAGACAAUGAUCGCCAAACAAGGAUGGAAGGUGCAGAAAUCAAUAAGAGUCUUUUAGCUCUCAAAGAAUGUAUCCGUGCGCUGGACAACGACCAGCUACAUAUUCCAUUCCGUGGAAGCAAACUAACUGAAGUGCUCCGUGACUCAUUUGUUGGAAACUCAAGAACUGUGAUGAUUUCAUGCAUCUCUCCAAACGAAGGAUCAUGUGAACAUACCCUCAAUACAUUAAGAUACGCCGAUCGGGUUAAAAGUCUAUCUAAAAGUGGAAAUAGCAAGAAGGAUCAAACUUUCAACUCGUUAGCCCCAGCUAAUAAGGAUGUUUCUUUGGCAUCGUCUCAACUAGCUUCAAAUGAUGCAGAAGAUGUCUUUGAGCCUCCACAGGAAUAUAACGUACAGGAGACAGGGAGGAGGGUAGAGAAAGACAGCAACUACUCUAGCUCUGGUAUUGAAUUCAAGCAGCCUACACAUUACCCAUCUUCAUAUCCGGUCAACUAUAGAGAGGAAAGUGGAAUACCAUCAAUAACAAUGGACAAAGGAAGAUCAGAUACGAGCAAUUCCUUUGGCGGCUCCACUAGUCAAAGGAUUUACUCAUCUUCUUAUGCUCAAGACACUUCGGAUCAGGAAGAAAAAGUGAAGAAAGUGUCACCGCCUCGUAGGAAAGUUUCCCGUGAAGAAAAACCAGAAAGACCUCAAAACUGGCCAAAAAGAGAUGUCACCAGUGUGUCUGAUCUCCCUGCCACGACAAAUUUUAGACAGCUCAAUAACACUACCACCAGUCAGAACACAAGCGAGGCUUCUUCAAGGCAGUAUGAAACAACAACAACGGAGCCUUCUCUUGAUGAAAAUAUCGAUGCAUUGCUUGAGGAAGAAGAGGCCUUAAUUACAGCGCACAGAAAAGAAAUCGAGGAUACAAUGGAGAUUGUUCGUGAGGAAAUGAAAUUACUAGCGGAAGUUGAUCGGCCAGGGAGUAUGAUCGACAACUAUGUGACACAGCUGAGCUUUGUGCUGUCGCGUAAAGCAGCGGGACUCGUAAGCCUUCAAGCCCGUCUUGCUCGGUUCCAACACCGUCUGAAAGAACAAGAGAUACUUAGCCGGAAGAGAGUUCCGCGUUAGUUUCGGUUCCAAGUCAGGUGAUCUUUUUUAUUCCUACUAAUACACACAAAAAUCUUCCUUUCCUCUCGUGUUUUUGUGAAUUGGGGAAAACGUGUUUCUUUUUUCUUCUUUGGUGAGGGGAGAGGGGUUUUAAUUUUCUUUAUCCUUGUCAACCAUUUGUAUUCCAUGUCUUUUUAUUGAUAAUGAAAUGUGAAAUUCAAAGUUCUUUAUACUGCCAUAAUAACAGUCGUGUGGAACUCUAAUUAUAGCAGCUUGUUUCGUUGUAUAUUUGUAACACAUUUGUGUAUAAUGUACCUGGGAAAAAUUGUGCAGAACGUUUGUAUAUUGAUACAUUUGCUUACAAAGACAAUUUAUGUGUGACAAACUUUUUUUCCCUCCCACGAAGAUCGAUGGGAAAUCCAGAGGGUACAUUGAGAGAAGUAAUAAACCAUUUCAGAACAAAUUUAAUAUUCAUAUAUAUAUAUCUUCAGUUAGACUAACCAACAAAAAAUAUAACACUAGAGAUCAAACAAGCUUCAUCAACAACUUUAUAACAAAAACAAAAAGCUUUGGGAUUGGCUCAGUGUUUGCGUUUACCUCUGCUUCUCAAGCUAAGUGCUUCAGUGCCUAAAAGGAUUGUAAAUUCUAACGUUUAAACAGAUCAACAAUGGCAAUAUAGCAAUCCUGCGAAGCUUUAAUCGCAUAGGCCCCCAAGCAACUUUAGUCAGCUCGUAGUCUCAGAAUCUCUUUAGCCGUUCUUAGCCGGAAGUAUGGCAUGUCUUACCUGGCUGAAACAUAGCCCCAGGUCUCUACUGAAAAAGUCGAUGUACUUUAGCAUAAACAUUCCACAGUCGUACCCAUUUUGUUGUUGGGGAAUGUCUUCGACAAAUUCCAUGUCCCACGAACUAACAUCAAUGUUUUUUCCACUUUUUUCCUUAACUUCGUCGCCCAAGUAUUUCGCCUGAGCAUUCAAAAUCUUAGAAUCAACUCCAUUUAGUGAAUCGAGAUACAAGAAUUUGCGAUCCCUGUUGUUAAUAACUGCCAAGGUCCAAUGCACACCCCUGUGGAUGGGAACAAAUUACCAUGUCACAGUCGAUAAGAGCAUAUCCCAGCUUUCUCUGCGUAGUCCAUCUCCUAACAGCUUUAAAAUUAUAACCAGAGUCGCUUACCAGCUGAAAGAAACCAAUAAGGUAUUGAAGAAAUGACACUUCAAAUACUUUUUGGGCUCUCUAGUUUCUCUUUCUUUGAGUAGUUCAAGGAAACAGUAGUACCUCGUCAUUUAGCCAUGAAGAUGGUGUAAGGCAUUGUAAAACUUCUCCAGUAAUAUCAAUGUUCGAGUUUUGAUGAGUAGCCAAAACCACCGUACCUAUUUCUCCCGGAAAAGGCACGAUAAACUUCAGCCUCCUCCUCCUCUGUGAGAGGUAUAAACGGUUCAUCAGGCACCUUCUGUAGGCUUUAUCUCCUCCACAGGUUUUGGGCGAGACUGGCGAAGCUGCGACAUGCGCUUCUCAUGUAACACAAUCUGAAACCCCAAAGCUUCCAGCUUCGGAUUCCGCCUCUCUGCACUCUGCAUUAGCUUUUUAUAGGCUUCGAGGCUCGAAGCAUCAUCAGUCGUCGUCAUUUCUCUACCUAAAGACAACGAAUCGAGCAUCGUGCUAGUGUCAUCAACUCUGAAGCUGCUGUUCCCGAUUUUAACAUCGGGAGUAGAAGAAGAAGAAGGCUGAAGAUUCUUCUUCACCUCCAUAUCAUCUACCAUUUUUUCCUCAUCACAAUCGACAACUUCAACUACUUCAUCGCUUGAAUCUUCAGAAACCGCUUCCUUCUCAUUCUCAGGCUCAUCGACCAAGUCAAUAAACUCUUUAUCUCUCUUAAGGAACCUGAGAGCACCCAAAGCUGUUCUCUUGGCAUUAUCAUACUCGCGGAAGAAGAAAUUCCCUUUCUCGCAGCAAUCGUUAGGUUUUGCUCUCUGUGAUCCGUAUCUAAGAAUUCCUCUGCUUGGGGCGUGGAUUUCUCGUCUAAGAGGAGCUUUGGCAUCAGGAUACCUUGAAAUCCUCGAGACUGUGGGGUUUGAAGACGAAGCUGGCUUAUUAGAAUCAUCAGACAUAUUAGCGAAGGAGAAUCUUCGUUUCUUCGGAGCUUGGAAAUACGGCGAAUGUCGGAGGAAUUGGCCGGUUGAUUGUUGAUUGAAGUUUAGUGAUUCUUCGCUGCGCUUUCGAUUGAUCGCUACGGCACCCAUUACAGGGACGAAUUCGGCUCAACAGCCACUAAACCUUAGAAACCCUAGAGAUUGGGGAAUCAAAGAGAGAAGAACCAUAUGAGAGGGGGAUAUCGAAAUCUAAAACAUGAAAUUAGGGUUCUGCAAAGAAAAAACAGAAAGGGAAAUGGCUAAAAGAAAAACUAUUCUUCCGUAAAACUUGAACAUUUAAUAUCCAAAUAUUUUUUAAAUCAUUUUAAAAUAUUGUGC